UUAUUUGGACCAUUUAUUAAUGUUUGGGUAUUUUGUAGCAGGUUUCAUCAAAGCAGCAGCUGUAAUAAGGUCUUUAAAAGAAUCCAUCAACUUCCUGAUUUGAAGCUGAAGUCUACAACAGUCAUGUUCUUGGCAGAAGCUGCAUGUUUGGUUCUGGCUUUCAUUCUGUACAUCUCAGGGGUUCAGGGACAAGAAAGCAGCAUCUGUGCUUUGAAAGGUUCAUCAGUGAAUCUGACCUGCUCAGCUGAACGUCCCACUUCAGACAUGAAAUGGUUCACUGGAUACUGGGAAUUAUCCAGGAUUGAGUCCUCUGCAGAUGGAAGUCAUGGAAAGUACAGCAUCUCAGAAGAGAAUAACUUCACUCUGACGAUCAACAACCUAACAGACAGUGAUAAAGGUUAUUACUGCUGCGGAAAAACUACUGAAAGAUCAGACAACUGCAAGAAAAGUCGAAUUGCUUUAAGUGUUGCAGACCUGCAGGUGAAGGUGAUUCCCUCCACAGAGGGACAGACAGUAACUCUGAUGUGCAGCAUCAGCUGUCCUCUGACUGAAAACCCUGCAGUCUACAUCUGGUACAAGAACGGAGAGUUUGUCUAUGAGGACUGGUCUCCCUGGUACCAAGAGCUGGUCAGCAGUGAGGAAGCAGUCAGAUACUCCUGUGCUGUCAAAGGCUACGAGGACCUCAGAGCUCCUCAAGUCUCAGUGGAUUCUGUCACAGCGACCUGCUUCAGUGUGACCUACGCUAAAGGGAGGAUGUGUUCGUAUAAACAGACGUCACUGAAUGAGCCCUGCUCCAUCACAUAUCCCAGAGGAAUACGUGUUCAAAUGAGUCCUGCAGAUGCAGCAGAUCAUCUCAGACUGACCUGUAGCACCAGCUGUCCUCUGACUGCCCCUCUGACUUCAUUUAGGUGGUAUAAGAACAGAGAAAUACAGAGAGGGUAUGUGGACCAACAGAUUGUAGUUACCAGCACUGAUGCAGCCAACGCCGGCUUCUCUUGUGUUAUAAAAGGUUUUGAGGAUCUUCGCUCUGCUGACGUCUGUACAACUGAGGACAACAACUGCUGGAGUCUGAAUUGCUUCAACAGAAGAAUCUGUGCUUUGGAGGGAUCUUCAGUCACCAUCUCAAAUGAACUUUCACAUCCUGGUACCAAGUCAACACUUUGGUUUAGAACAAAUAUAAACGGCAAGCUGGAAUAUCUGCAUGGGCGUUAUAUGGAAUAUGAUGACAUGAAGAAACAAAACAUCCUCAGAUUAAAAAACCUGAAGAGGAGCGACUCAGCAGAAUAUCUGGUCCUUAUCUGGACAACCAACAAUGAGGCGAAACACUGUGGUUCUCCUGGAGUUACUCUGAUGGUCACAG